GGGGAUAAUGCCCGUGGAGUAAUAGAGAUGUCGGGCUGCAAAACAACACAUAACUUACAUCGAUUUUCAGUCCAUCAUCGAUAGGCUCCCAAUAAAACACAAGCAGUAUUAAUGAGGCUGGUCAUAGCAGUCGUCGCCAGAUUCAUAUCAUCUAACCAUCGAAGUACACAGUGUCAGCCAUUGUCUAUGAUGGGAAUAGUUAUAUUCAGAUCCCAUGUUCAUAUCUCCGCGAACUUAUUCAGCAUCGCAAACACCAGACCGAGGAGUAUACUUGGCCACCAGUGAGAAUCAACUGAGGUACCAAACGCUUCAAGGGUGGCGUGCAGACUCGACACUUGCUAGUCAGACUCCUGAAAUGCUGCUGAUCCAUCAGGCUGGCAGUGUUCGCGUGGGUGAGGUUGUCAGAUACACGUUGACGUACACACCUGCAGUGGAUAACAUCCGUCCCACGCCGGCUAAGCUAUACGUCAAAGUCAAGAAUACCUCUGCACUCCCCCUGCGGGCAGCAUAUCUCCAUGGCCCUUAUAGCCUUUAUGCAUCAUGCUAUCCAUCUACGUUUAGUCCGAAUAACAGCGCCAGGACACAAGGAAUAGAGACAAUCCCGCAGUAUGAGCCGUACCUGAAGGCCGGAGGCACUUGGUAUGCGACCCUGAAUGUACCGCAGAAUGCUGGCCGAAGCCAAGGGGCGUCAAACUCAGAAAUCGAGUCUCAAGAAAAUACGACCUGGAUCAUUGAAGUGAUCUCUCAAGUGGUGUUCUCUAACACAGCAACCGUCAACUUCGAGCUUCUAGUCGGACGUGAUGAAACUUCGGUAGAAUCACUAUGUGCCAGUGACUCACUCAUUACCGGGCUUCCCAAGGCUGCUCAGCUAAGUGAUCACUGGUCAUCAGAGACAAAAGGCAAGCAGGUGCUUGCUACCAAAGGCGUCUACUCUCGGUCUAUCACUUUACUGAUAGAUGAUACUGCUAGUCUCUGGAAUACACCUCAUCUUCCAUCUUCGGGGUCUGCUCAGGGGCAGACGAUGGAAAUUGGAACUGAACGUGGCUCGGCACAUGAGCCACAAAAACCUGAUAUUACAAAGAAAAUUCACCUUGUUGUGUUGACUCAUGGACUUCAUAGCAACUUGGGAGCAGAUAUGCUCUACCUGAAGGAAAGUAUCGAUGCCUCAGUCAAGAUAGCAAAGGAUGGGGCCAAGAACGACAGCCACAAUCACGGUAGCCAGAAUAACUCUGGGGAGUCACCUGCAACAGAAAGUAGUAAGACGCAUUUGGAAGACCACGAUGACGAGGAAGUCAUAGUAAGGGGAUUUCCUGGAAAUGCGACUCGCACAGAACGCGGAAUACAGUACCUUGGCAAGCGCCUCGCAAAAUAUGUUCUGCAAAUGACACGCCCAGAACGACCCUUCGUGUCCUCAAAAGUUACAGGAAAAACUUCCGCGCCAUUCUCACCGUGGAAACGAGCAACGGGAGAGCCUAACGAAUCUUGUGAUGGUUACGCAGAGCAGCCCAUUUGUGGGAACGGUGCCUAUCAGGUCACCAGUAUCAGCUUUGUUGGUCAUUCACUCGGGGGUCUCGUUCAAACAUACGCCAUUGCAUAUAUCCAGAAACAUUUCCCUGAUUUCUUCGAUAAAACCAGGCCAGUCAACUUCAUAGCCCUGGCGACCCCGUUCCUUGGUCUCAGCAACGAGAACCCUGUGUAUGUUCGCUUUGCCCUAGAUUUAGGACUUGUCGGUAGGACAGGCCAGGACUUGGGGCUUAGUUGGACAGCACCCAGAAUAAGAAGUGGCUGGGAGACUAUAAUAGGGGGGAGGGGUAAUUCCAUAAACUCUCGAGGACAUCCAGACGCUCGAUCUAAGCCCUUGCUGAGGGUUCUCCCUUGCGGGCCUGCUCAUGAAGUUCUCUCGAAGUUUCAGCGCCGCACAAUCUACUCCAACGUGGUCAAUGACGGAAUAGUACCUCUGCGGACGUCUUGUCUGCUCUUCCUUGACUGGAAAGGCCUUGACCGUGUCGAGAAAGCUAGGAGGGAGAAUGGCAUCGUUGGCACAAUGGCCGAAUGGGGCUGGGCAGAAUUAACGGGUGCUAAUUCCAAGUCUCCACGGACCCAGCUGGCGAGUGAGUUAGAACUGGCAGAUGUUGGUGAUCAAAGCAGCAAUGUAAAUGGAACUCGACCAGGGUUCGGCCCCCCCUCACGGCAGGAUGUCACAGUCGCUGCUGGCGUCAAUAGCUUGUCAGCUGAUAACCGAACUCUUGAGCCCCAUCAAUAUCCGGCUUGUGUCGAAAGCGAUGCAGAUUUCAUACGGAAGGAGGACCUGCCUCAAUCUACGCCAAUGAGCCCAUUAACCAAGAUAUUUUCGAUCUUGCGACCGAAGGAGACAGCGAAGACAUAUCCUGGAAAUAAACAUAUGAGGAUAUACAAGCGAAGCCAAACGAUUGACACGCUUCAUGAUGAUAUGGAAAUAUCUCCUACCAGUUCCUAUAUCCGGGGGUCGCCUGCUGCAAACCAAGUUCAUGAUAAUGGGCCUCAUACGCCUCCGCAAACCACGUUCUUCGAAUCAGCUAGUGACCUCCUUAUGCCGCCUCUGCCACCCACAGAAUUUUUCGUUGACCCCACGUCGAGACCAAAAACCAUAUUUCACGACCGAGUCUAUAAUCCUGAGGAUAUGCCACCCCCAAUGGCUUCUAAGCGGCGUGCAUUGACAUUAGGGUCUUUGCAACAUAAAGCAUCAAAUGCACGGCCUGCCUCGAGAGCGGAAUCCCAGGACAAGCCACAUCCUGCCAAUGAAUUUGAAAAUGGUCUCAAACUUGAGGAGAAAAUUGCCAGGGCUUAUCACCGUGACUUGUCGUGGCGCAAGGUUCUUGUCCGCCUUGAGCCUGAUGCCCAUAAUAACAUCAUUGUACGGCGGAUGUUCACAAAUGCAUAUGGCUGGCCAGUGGUGCAACACCUUGUCGAUACUCACUUUGGGCAUACAUCUGUAGCCCGGUCCAAUAAGGCAUCUGAACGAGGUAUUGAAAAGCCUAGUAUGUCUGUAGCGGAAACUGGCGUUUCGAAAAAUGGCGCCGGAGUUCAGGGUUCAGGCUGA